UGAGUCUGUCAAAGAAAGCUCUGCUCCUCCAUACAAAGACAAUUCUUCUCUCUUCAACACCACUUCUUCUCAACCACCCUGAGAAGAGUACUAGAAGCUGUAAGUUACCCUUCCAUUACUCUGUGGGUCGACAACGAUGGUCUUGGACUAUCUUGCAUGCGGUGAUGACACUUUCGAUGUCUAGGAGAAUGACUCUGACUUUAUGUCGUUCUCUGAUGUUGGCUCAAUUCUCUUCGGAGAAGACUACAACGGUAUCUGAGCAUUGCAAUCAACUACUUCAAUUACUGGGAUUGGGGACGUUUGUACAAGCUCUUGCUGACAGCUCAAACUCGCAGAUUCCCGACAUGACACCACCUUGAGACUGUCUCCCCAUUAUGGCAGACACCAAACAGAUGAGACCGGCCGACAAAGGCAAAGAGUCCAAGGUCACACCUCCAACUUCGAAACCCCGUGUUCCGUCGAGAUUCGAGCAAUUGAACAAGCUUUACGCUCUUCCAGCUCCUCUGCGAACCUUUCCUCUUCCCACCUUUGUACCUCACAAUCCCCUCUCCCUCUUCCAUAUUCUCUAUGUCUGGCUGUCGCAAACAGUCCAUCCCGAGCAAUCUCAUAUUAGCCCUGCAUACCAAGGUUGGUUCUCGCCGGAAACCCGGUCUGUUCAUGUAACAGAUAUCCGGUCGAUCCGGGGCCUAUGGGAGCAAGGAUUCUAUGGGAAGGGAAACUUGAGUAGAAGUGAACCCAGUUGGCUCAGUAGAGAGAAGACAAGAUUGGGAACGAAGACAAAGAUAACGAGUGAAGAGGUUACAAGGCAAAGAAGAGCUGAGCGCCAGGUUACAAAAUGGGAGAGAGCGAGAAAGGAGAGGGAGGCGAUUGAUCAGACCUUGCAAGAAGAAGCUGCGGCAGAGCAACCAGAGGAGACACCAAUUGCCCCUUUGGAUGCUCUACCUCUGGAAGCUCCGGCUGAACCCCAGUUUGCUCCACCAGAGCAAGUCUUGGCUGAGGAAGAAAUUUUUUCAGCCAAUUCGAGCUAUCAAUUGGUUGCCCCUGUUGCCCCAUUAGAACUCCUGGCAUUGCCAAACUCGCUGGCGGAUCUCGAAUCUUUGCUGUGGAACAAUACCGUUGAAUGCUUUGUAGAAGACUUCGACGGGAAGUUUGUUCAAAGAUUCCAUGCCCCAUCCAUCGGACCUCUAGAACUUCUAGCUCUACCAAAUUCAAUCGAAUCCUUUCUAUCCAAUAUUCCCACUUCUCUCAAGACUCCAUCCACAUCAGACUUGACCAAGUCUGCAACUACUGGCCAAUUGGAUCGACCGGAAGUAUCUUUGCCAGCGUCGGACAUACCUGCUGAAGACCAACCAAAUGCUCUCAAACUCAAUGGACAUCUCCACCUCGAAGAAGUCGAACUUGUUGGUGGCUCAGAGACAAAUGAUGAGACUGUCGACGGCUCCGUUCACUCGGAGCAAACAACAGAGACUAAUGACACUGGCGGUGGAUCAACCCCAGUCAAUGGCAUUCCUUCAACCCCAAAGAUGAAACGCAGGAAGAGCGUACGAUUCUCACCAACGGUCGAAAAGAACACUUUCAUCCAAACCGAGCCACCAAGUCCCGAGAAAGCCGCCACAAACACCACGACCAUUGAAGAAGCACGGCUAGUCAUCAAGAACCAAGAACAUGUCCAACUCACCCUUGAGGAGGCGUUCUUCCUUUCCUACGCUCUCGGCUCCCUCACCGUCCUGGAUCCCAAUACCAAUGCCCCAAUCUCCAACGAGGACCUCUUCUAUCUCGCCCGCAAAACAUCCUACUUUCCACCGCAGGCAAACCCGUCGCUCUCCCCCGACGACCCAUUCAUGAUCAACUACGUCGUAUACCACCACUUCCGCUCUCUCGGCUGGGUCCUCCGCUCCGGCACCAAGUUCUCUGUCGACUACAUGUUGUACACACGCGGGCCAGUCUUCACACAUGCUGAAUUCGCCAUCCUUGUCCUGCCAUCCUAUACAGAUCCGUACUGGCGCAGCAACCCGUUCCUGGAGAACUACGUUAAGGGCAAGGAACAGCGGACUUGGGCAUGGCUGAGUUGUAUCAAUCGUGUUAUCACUCAGGUCAAGAAAACGCUGAUCUUGACGUAUGUGGAUGUACCGAAGCCGGUAGAUGUGCAAGAGGAGAGAGAAUUGGGUAUUGAUGGGGUUUUGAGAAGAUAUAAGGUUAGGGAGGUGGUGAUGAAGCGAUUCUCUGCAAAUAGGAUGCGUGAUUGAAUAUCAAAAGAAUGACUGCGAGGUCUUGUAGGAUAUGUUAUUGUAUACUACGAUGAAUCAUGAUAUCACAUCUGAAC